GCCCCCGGCUGCGUGCCCAUCAGCCGCCCUCUAUCCCUGAGCCACCGCCCCGACUCCAGGCCCCGCCCCUUGGGGAGGGACCGUCCCAUCCCUCCAUGGAACUGCUGGGCCUGGAGCCGGCAGGCACGUAAUCCAGAGAGCGCCCCGCCCCCUCAUCUUUCGCCACGCAAUUGGCUCAGGAGGCGCGUGCGCGGAGAGGCCCGUCCCGUGCCCCCUCCCACUUCCCCCCCACGGUUUCCAGUUCGCGUUAUGGCUGCCGCCGCCGCUCUGGAGGCGGUGGCGCCUACGGGCGCCCUGUGGGGCCUCGUGCAAGACUUCGUCAUGGGUCAGCAGGAGGGCCCCGCUGACCAAGUGGCUGCAGGUCCUCUCUAGAGAAUCCAGAACCCCGAACUCGGGCACGAGGAAUCCAGCUCUUGUCACAGGUGCUACUGCAGUGUCACUCCUUGCUCCUGGAGAAGGAAGUGGUACACUUGAUCCUAUUCUAUGAAAACCGGCUGAAGGACCAUCAUCUUGUGAUCCCAUCUGUCCUGCAGGGUUUGAGGGCACUUAGCCUGUGUGUGGCCCUGCCCCCAGGGCUGGCUGUCUCCGUGCUUAAAGCCAUCUUCCAGGAGGUCCACGUACAGGUGGACCGACACACAGUCUACAGUAUCAUCACCAACUUCAUGCGAACCCGGGAAGAAGAGCUGAAGGGCCUAGGAGCUGAUUUCACCUUUGGCUUCAUCCAGGUGAUGGAUGGGGAAAAGGAUCCCCGUAAUCUUCUGGUGGCCUUCCGCAUCGUCCAUGACCUCAUCUCCAGAGACUAUAGCCUGGGACCCUUUGUGGAGGAGUUGUUUGAAGUGACAUCCUGUUACUUCCCUAUUGAUUUUACCCCUCCACCUAAUGAUCCCCAUGGUAUCCAGAGAGAAGAUCUCAUCCUGAGUCUUCGAGCUGUGCUGGCUUAUACACCGCGAUUUGCUGAGUUCCUGCUCCCCCUGCUGAUUGAGAAAGUGGAUUCCGAGAUUCUGAGUGCCAAACUGGAUUCUCUGCAGACUCUGAAUGCUUGCUGUGCUGUGUACGGACAGAAAGAACUAAAGGACUUCCUCCCCAGCCUUUGGGCUUCUAUCCGCAGAGAGGUGUUCCAGACGGCAAGUGAGCGGGUAGAGGCCGAGGGCCUGGCAGCCCUUAACUCCCUGACUGCGUGUUUGUCUCGCUCUGUGCUGAGGGCUGAUGCUGAGGACCUCCUUGACUCCUUCCUUAGCAACAUUCUACAGGACUGCAGGCACCAUCUGUGUGAACCAGACAUGAAACUGGUGUGGCCUAGUGCCAAACUGUUGCAGGCGGCUGCAGGUGCAUCUGCCCGGGCCUGUGACCACAUCACCAGCAACGUGCUGCCCCUACUGCUGGAACAGUUCCACAAGCACAGUCAGAGCAACCAGCGGCGGACAAUCCUUGAAAUGAUCCUGGGUUUCUUGAAGCUGCAACAGAAAUGGAGCUAUGAAGACAAGGAUGAAAGGCCUCUGAGUGGCUUCAAGGACCAGCUGUGCUCACUGGUAUUCAUGGCCCUGACAGACCCCAGCACCCAGCUUCAGCUUGUUAGCAUCCGUACACUCACAGUCUUGGGUGCCCAGCCAGAUCUCCUGUCUUCUGGGGACUUGGAGCUGGCAGUGGGUCACCUAUACAGACUGAGCUUCCUGGAGGAGGAUUCCCAGAGUUGGGUGGCAGCACUGGAAGCAUCAGGAACCCUGGCUACUCUCUACCCUGUGGCCUUCAGCAGCCACCUAGUGCCCAAGCUUGCUGGGGAGCUGUGUAUAGAGGAGUCAGAUUUGGCUAGAGGGGAUGGGCCCACCAAAUGCUCCCGGCAUCGGCGCUGUCUGCAAGCCUUGUCAGCUAUAUCCACACAUGCCAGUAUUGUCAAGGAGACCCUGCCUCUUCUGCUGCAGCAUCUCCGCCAGAUGAACAAAGGGAAUACGGUUGCAGGAAUAAGUGAAGUUAUUGCUGUCUGUCAGAGUCUCCAGCAGGUGGCAGAAAAAUGCCAGCAAGACCCCGAGAGCUGCUGGUAUUUCCAUCAGACAGCUAUACCUUGCCUGCUUGCCUUGGCUGUGCAGGCUUCCAUGCCAGAGAAGGAGCACUCAGUUCUGAAGAAAGUGCUGUUGCAGGAUGAGGUCUUGGCCGCGAUGGUGUCUGUCAUUGGCACUGCCACCACCCACUUGAGCCCUGACUUGGCUGCCCAGAGUGUCGCCCACAUUGUGCCCCUCUUCUUGGAUGGCAACAUCACCUUCCUGCCUGAAAACAGCUUCCCUGGCAGAUUUCAACCAUUCCAGGAUGGUUCCUCAGGGCAGAGGCGGCUGGUUGCGCUGCUUAUGGCCUUUGUCUGCUCCCUGCCUCGAAAUGUGGAAAUCCCUCAGCUGAACCAACUCAUGCGGGAACUUUUAGAGCUGAGCUGCUGCCACAGCUGCCCCUUCUCCUCCACCGCUGCUGCCAAGUGCUUUGCAGGACUUCUGAACAAGCAUCCUGCAGGGCAACAGCUGGAUGAAUUCCUACAGCUGGCUGUGGACAAAGUGGAGGCUGGGCUGAGCUCUGGGCCCUAUCGUAGUCAGGCCUUCACACUGCUUCUCUGGGUCACAAAGGCCCUAGUGCUUAGAUAUCAUCCUCUCAGCUCCUGCCUUACAGACCGGCUCAUGGGCCUCCUGAGUGAUCCAGAACUAGGCCCAGCAGCAGCUGAUGGCUUCUCUCUGCUCAUGUCUGACUGCACUGAUGUGCUGACUCGUGCUGGCCAUGCUGAAGUGCGGAUCAUGUUUCGCCAGCGGUUCUUCACGGAUAACGUGCCUGCUUUGGUCCGGGGUUUCCAUGCUGCUCCUCAAGAUGUGAAGCCAAAUUACCUGAAGGGUCUGUCUCAUGUACUUAACAGGCUGCCAAAGCCUGUGCUCUUGCCGGAGCUGCCCACGCUGCUUUCCUUGCUGCUGGAGGCCCUGUCCUGCCCAGACUCUGUGGUACAGCUCUCCACCCUCAGCUGUCUUCAGCCUCUUCUACUGGAAGCACCCCAAGUAAUGAGUCUUCACAUUGACACCCUCGUCACCAAGUUCCUAAACCUCAGCUCCAGCCCUUCCAUGGCUGUCCGGAUCGCUGCACUGCAGUGUAUGCACGCUGUUACUCACCUGCCCACCCCCGUGCUGCUGCCGUACAAACUGCAGGUGAUCCGGGCCUUAGCCAAACCCCUGGAUGACAAGAAGAGACUGGUGCGUAAGGAAGCAGUGUCAGCCAGGGGAGAAUGGUUUCUGCUGGGGAGCCCUGGCAGCUGAGCCCUCCAUCCUGGCCGACACUGUUCUGACAAUCUAACCUGAAAUUACUAACUAUCAAGCCAUCUUGCCCAAAGCAGGGAGAUGACUGGCUUCUGAUUGCCUUUCCCACAGACACCGCACAAACGCUGGGCCUCUGUCGCAUGGCUGUACAAGAAACAGGAAUCCUGACUUCUAAUGGAUUUGUGAAGUAACUAAGUGUGAGACUACUUGUGUUUGAAGAAUGAUCUUGGUCUUGGGGCUCUUCCAUUUAUAUGUCAGAAAAAGUGAGAUAUGCUGCUGAGGGUGAAUACAGAUGAGCGUGGCCCCGAGGACCAGGGAUGGUGGCGUGUGUGUACCUGCUGGAGAAUAAAGAUUCUUUUGGUAA